CCGAAAGGGCGGCAAAGCCGGCGCGCGCCCGGCUUGGGGCGGAGGGCGGAGGCCCACGGGCCGGAACAGCCGCGGCAAGUGGCGGCGGCAGCGGUGGAGGCAGCUGAGGCGGCGGCGGCGAGCGGGGGUCCGGGCGGCAGCGGCGGCGGCGGGUCGAGGAGCCGGGCGCGAUGGAGCGGAAGAGGUGGGAGUGCCCGGCGCUCCCGCAGGGCUGGGAGAGGGAAGAAGUGCCCAGAAGGUCGGGGCUGUCGGCCGGCCACAGGGAUGUCUUUUACUAUAGCCCGAGCGGGAAGAAGUUCCGGAGCAAGCCCCAGCUGGCGCGCUACCUGGGCGGCUCCAUGGACCUGAGCACCUUCGACUUCCGCACGGGCAAGAUGCUGAUGGGCAAGAUGAACAAGAGCCGGCAGCGGGUGCGCUAUGACUCCCCGAGCCAGGUCAAGGGCAAGCCCGACCUGAACACGGCCCUCCCGGUCAGGCAGACGGCGUCCAUCUUCAAGCAGCCAGUGACCAAGAUCACCAACCACCCCAGCAACAAGGUGAAGAGCGACCCCCAGAAGGCCGUGGAACAGCCCCGGCAGCUCUUCUGGGAGAAGAAGCUGAGCGGCCUGAAUGCCUUUGACAUCGCGGAGGAGCUCGUGAAGACCAUGGACCUCCCCAAGGGCUUGCAAGGCGUGGGUCCCGGCUGCACGGAUGAGACGCUGCUCUCGGCCAUUGCCAGCGCCCUGCACACCAGCACCAUGCCCAUCACCGGGCAGCUCUCAGCCGCCGUGGAGAAGAACCCCGGGGUGUGGCUCAACACAGCCCAGCCGCUCUGCAAGGCCUUCAUGGUGACCGAUGAGGACAUCAGGAGGCAGGAGGAACUGGUGCAGCAGGUCCGCAAGCGGCUGGAGGAGGCGCUGAUGGCCGACAUGCUGGCUCACGUGGAGGAGCUGGCCCGGGACGGCGAGGCGCCGCUGGGCAGGGCGGGCGCUGACGGGGAUGAGGACGACGGGGACCAGGAGGAGGGGCCCGACCAGGACCAGGAGAUGGAGCACGUGUAGAGCAGGCACUGGCCGGGUCCCAGCUCCAGCUCGCGCGGGCAGCGACCACGGGUGAGGGGUGGUCCGGGUCCCUGGGGCCUGCCUUGUGCCAGUGGCAGCAGUGCUGGGCCGGGCGCCUCCCGAGAGCACCUGUCUUCAAGGAGGACGGCCUGCCAGGCACGGAUGGUGCCCUCUCUGUCCCUGCACGGGCCCCACCCGCCUGCCCUCCCGCAUGGGGCCACCUGCAGACUCGGCCCUCACCCUGCCCAGGCGUGUCCCCUCCCCUGGGCCACGGGGACAUGGCUGAAGCACGGCCUCUCGCCUGAUGGACCCCCCAUGUCUGCCCCUCCUCGGGGUCAUGGCUCCACACUGAACUCGGGCCAGCCUGGUCCCCGUGGCUGCUGCCCUGGACCUCUCGCACAGGACAGCUGCCACUGGGCCGCCUGCGAGGCUCCCCGCGGGGCUGGAGAAGCAUUUGUGGAACUGUCUCCCCUCCCGACCUGCACACAUGAGGGACGGUAUCCCGGACCGCCCAUCAGCCCUUCCAGAAGGGGAUGCAGGAUGGCUCCCCAGGGCCCACCCGGCGGGCACAGCGCUCCCAAGAGCAAAUGGCACAACCCGGACAUUUUCCUUCAGUAAAACUCAUGGUAGAGGUGAGGCCGAUGUCCACGUAGCUGCUUAACCUUCUGUCUGUUGCACACGGAUGGGAACUCAGGCCUCAGCGCCUGAAGACCUCACUGUCUGCAGCCCGGCCCAGCCUGAUGGUCAGCGCCGCGGACAGAGAACUAACUGCUCACGGCCGGACUCGGGCCAGGCUCCAGGCCAGCGCCGCCAUCGGCUGACCUCCAGGCCUCGGUCUCACCUCAUAGAACAGGGACAGUGGCGCUGAUCUGGCAGGUGUGGGGCCUCCCACCACCUGGGGCUUCUGCAUCCCCAUCCCAGGCGCGUUUCCUGGCCAGUCCUGGGCAGCAGCCUCUGUGGAGCAUGGGGUUUGGAGGCGGUCAGAGUCAUGCUGUCCCCCCCUGCAGCAAGUGCCCCUGGCCAGGGGAGCUUCUGCUACCCUGAGUGGACCCCGGGCCAGCCCCCUUCCCUCAGCCCCAGGAAUGCCCUUGGGGUGGCCCCCAGCCCCUCCAUCGCCUGGAGACACGAACCCCGGGCCGGUGCAGCCCCAGGGCCCGCCAGUCCUGUCCCAGCCCUGCCACACGCGCGGCCGUUACUGUCGGGGGGGCGGGGGAGCCUGGGUCGCUGCCUCAUCGGGCCAGACACCGUGGGCUGCCGUGGCCUGCCCGGCGGGGUGACAGUGGCAGUGGGAGCCCCUCGGGGCUGGGACUCGCUGCCCACUCCCUCCAAGGACUCUGGCCCAGGAGGUUGGGCUGACUGCAUCCUUCCUAGUCCAGUCAAAGCACAAAGCCCUGAGGACUGUGGUCGCUGCACUGCGGAGGCCGCAGUGACACUGCCGGGGGCCAGGCCAUCACGGGCCCCAGGAAGGCCCCUCCACAGAGGCUGCGGCCCCGAGGGAGGCUCCUGUGGGUGGGGUUGAAUAAAGCGUGUCGGGCCAGCGUGGUCUGGGGCCUUGGUUUAUCAGAA